GUCUAGUAGAGGUAAGAAACCUAAGCCCGCGUCGUUAGCGCCUAUAAAACAUUAAAACGGACACCUCCCUUACUGUACCGAAAUUGCAGAGCGUCUUUUCCCGCCAUGGUCGCCAUGGAAGUGGACUCGGAGAGCUACGGCAUCCUCCAGAGGAAACAGUCUAUCUACAAAUCCUUGGAUGAAAGCUUUCAGAUUCAGAAGUUAAUGUACAGGGGUCAACAGUACAGCCAGAUAUAUUUUGCUAGACUUCACUUGAUGAGAACUCUCCUCUACUCUCUCCUCCCAAAUUGGAAACCCCAUUUACCUGUCUGUACUGUUCUGGGAUUAGAGGAAGGGAAAGAAUGCAUUAUUGUUGGGACCCUCUACAAGCACAUGAAGCUUAAACCUUCCGUUCUUGAUGAGUACUCUAAGGGGAGAUCUGCUACACCGCUUGCACAGAAUCACAAUUUUGUGCACUCGGAUGAUUAUUUAGUUUUGGAAGAUGAGAGUGGAAGAGUCAAACUGAGUGGCAGUUUGUUAUUGCCUUCGACAUAUGUAACAGGGCUUGUUGUGGCAUUACAUGGAAAAGAAACUACUGCUGGUGAUUUUCUGGUUGUAGAUGUUCUAGAGGCUGACCUAGCACAACAAAUAGAGCAACCACUUCAAUCAGAUGAAGACAAGUAUGUGGUAUUCAUCUCUGGUUUGAGUGUUGGGAGCAGCACCUCCAAUCCUCUACAGUUUCAGCUUUUAAUUGAUCAUAUAACUGGACAUUUAGGAGAUGAGAAGGACCAAAAUAUUGCAUCUCAAAUUGUUCAAGUAGUCAUUGCUGGAAAUUCUGUCGAAGUUCCAAGUGGACUUCUGAAUGGUCAGAAUUUGGGUUCGAAGGACCAGUCUAAAUUAUCUGAGCCAAUCAAAGAACUGGAUAUCUUGCUGACUCAGAUUGCAGCUGGUAUACCUUUGGAUAUCAUGCCUGGACCUGGUGAUCCUGCGAAUUUCGCCAUGCCGCAACAGCCCCUGCAUAGAUGCCUUUUCCCUGGGUCAUCAACAUAUAAUACUUUCAGAUCUUGUACUAAUCCUCAUUGCUUUGAGCUUGACAACCUUAGAUUUCUGGGAACUUCAGGUCAGAACAUAGAUGACCUUGGGAAGUAUUCAGAAGCAAAAGAUAAACUUGAAUUCAUGGAGCGAACAUUGAGAUGGAGGCAUCUGGCACCCACUGCACCAAAUACCCUUGGGUGCUAUCCCUACACCGAUAGGGAUCCUUUCUUCGUCGAAUCUUGUCCCCAUGUUUAUUUUGUGGGCAAUCAAGAUAAGUACGAGACUCGCUUGAUCAAAGGGCCAGAGGGGCAGGCGGUAAGACUCAUUUGCAUUCCUAGAUUUGCCGAGACAGGUGUUGCUGUGGUGUUAAACAUGAGAAAUCUUGAAUGCUACACUCUUAGCAUUGGUGGUCAAAUAAACUUAUAACCCACAGCUGGGAUGAGCAAGUACCCUGGCCUGUAGUUUCUUGUGAGUUUUAAUUUCAUUCUCUACUGUUCUACAGACGUUAAAUAUUAGGUUACAAUUGUAUUUAGUGUAUUCAUGAAUGGUUUGUCUUUCUGGUGCCAUGAAACACAUUCCACUGUGUUUUUAUAUGCACACCCCAGCAAAUGUUCAUUACAAUUGUGAGUAAUGUUUGUAAACUUAACAUGGAUCUUUUUUCUUUCCUGAGAUAGGAUUAUAUAUAUAUGUAAUGGGGAUACCACAAAUAUAUAGUUGGUAUAU